AUGAAUGGGAUAACGGAAGCCGCAGUUCAAUCUCUCUUGCGAUCAUCUGAGGAUCUGAAGGUGGCACUCGAAGUCGAGGUCAUGCAAGACCACGGUGGCCUUUCAAGCUCUUCCGCAGCUGAACGAUCCAGACGUGUUGUGGCCGUAGUGUCACACAGAAAGGAUUACGUGGGAGAUGAAGAAGGCAGUGUGAUAAUUCUUAAGCGCACUCCGGGUCACUCCGUCGACGACUUGAGUAUUGAAGUUGCGUACCCGAUCUCUGGAAGUUUUUCGUUCUCUGUCGCGCAGGCACGGCGAAAAACUUUAGACCUUCGCGCAUCUGUGGGAGAGACUGCACUGAAUCAGUCGCGAUCAGAACUCACUUUGACUAUCAAGUAUGAGCUGUCUACUGGAACACGAAGCCAUACUUUGAUCGCACGAGAUACGCGGAAAUUGCAGUCCUUCACCGCAGAAUGCAGACGCUUGAAGGACAUAUUCACCUUUCUAUCUCCUAUAGAUUUGCGCAUGGUUAACACGCCGUUGCACACACAACUUUCGCCAGCCAGUGCAGGGCUUCCAGGAGACGAUACGGCCGAUAUCGGCAUUGUCCGCAAAUAUUGGAUCUACAACAAGGCAAUCGAAGAAGCUUCCACUGGGUCAUCGACGCGCUUGCUCAUCCGCACAGGGACAUUCAAUGUCAAUGGGAAGAUGCCGUCGCAGGACCUCUCUCCCUGGCUCAGACCAACGAAGCAUGAAUCAGAGAACUCUGGAUGGAUCUCACCUUUGAAAUCAAUUUCGCCACUCGACAUACCUUCAGACCCAAUCGAUGAACAGGUAGCCAGCAGCCUAGGAGCCGUCACAUUGGCUGGUGAAAGCUUGAACAACGACGUAAUUGCCUCUGAUCCAGAUCUCCUUGUACUAGGCUUCCAAGAACUGGACCUUUCAACCGAAGCCCUGAUAUAUGCCACCAGCGCCGUCAGGGAAGAUGCAUGGGUGGAAGCCAUCUUUGCUGGGUUGGGUGAGAAAGGUAUUCUCUAUGAAAAGAUCGCCUCAAAACAACUGGUCGGCAUGUUUAUCGUUGCAAUUGUGAGGAAGUCGCGUCUGCAAUGCUUUGGCGACGUCAGAUUUAGUACCGCUGGUGCAGGAAUUAUGGGCAUUAUGGGCAAUAAAGGCGCAACAGCGAUACGGAUGACAUACACACCUUCAGCUCCACAGAUCUCGUCGAGCCCCAUAGUGCUCACUUUCGUUAACGCACAUCUCGCAGCAUUUGAUGAAAUGAUAGAGAGGCGAAACUUCGACUUUCACGAACUUUCCAGGCGCCUAGUCUUUGAUCAGACUGACGGGCUUGAUUCUGAUGCUAAUAUAGCACUGGAGACUCCGAGACAGAUUGUUGGGUUGUUUGAAAGUGACGUAUUAUUCUGGAUGGGAGGUUUGAUCGAUCUCGCUGAUGGGGAUAUCAGAGAAUUAUUAUCGUCUGUUCCAGGCACGGGUAACAUCCCACUUUUGCUGAAGUAUGAUCAGUUGAAGACAGCUAUCUCAAGCGGGAAAGCAUUUAUUGGCUUUUCGGAACAUGCAAUUACACAUAUGCCUUCGUAUAGAUACGCGUCAAAUACGUCAGAAGAUGCUCCGGGAUAUGACAGAAAGCGCAAACCCGCGUGGACGGACCGCAUUUUGCACAUGUCGGCUCCUAGUAUACCGGUCACGCAACGUUCAUAUCGCAGUCAUCCGCAAAUAACGAUGAGUGAUCAUCGUCCCGUGUCAGCUGAUUUUGAUUUGAAUGUAUCGACUAUUGACAAGCAGAGACGUGAGAUCGCUGCCUCCAGGCUGUACCGGGAAUUAUGGGGCGUGGAACAAUCCUCUCAGACGCCGAAAGUCAAGCUACAGCCAACGGAAUUGGACUUUGGAAAAAUCCCCUGCGUUUACCGAUUCGUUGCUGCAGAUGCUGAACAGUCAAUCUGUCCACAAUGGCUUAAAAUUGAUCCUGUGAUAGGCCUACUUCGUCCAGGUGAAUCGUUGACCACGACUGCCACAGUGUUUGUCGAUGACUUGUCUGCGUCGCGGCUGAAUCUUGCACCACCGCGCUUGGAUUGUACCCUCAUACUACACGCUGCUCUGGGUAAAGAUCACUUCAUCUCUGUCGCUGGCGAAUACCAAUAUACUUGCUUUGCGAAUAAGCUUUCCAGACUUACACGACUUUCUGGUCCCGUGCGAUCUAUGAAGUCUCCGAACGAUGGAAUAUCUCAGCGGCAGUCGGUCAAUGCCCCGAGGGAGAUCAUGAAGUUAAUCAAUUGGUUGAUGACCCAUCUCACUGAUCCAAAUGAUCUAUUCAACAGUACUCCUGAAGAGAGCAUAUGCGUGACCAUCAGAGAGUGUCUUGAUACAGGAGACCAGUUGCCGUCCCUCGAGUCUCGAGAGGAACACGGCCCACUCGCGACUGCAAUAACUUCUACACUGGUACAGCUGUUGGACUCGUUAGUAGAUUCUGUGGUGCCUGCACACCUUCAUGCGCGGUGUCUGCAAAUGACAAAUAGAGAUGAAGCAUUCGAGCUACUGGAUGAAUUCCCUCCUGAAUCAGUCAAUGUAUGGAUCUCGCUUACUGCAUUCCUCCAUUACAUGUCCUUGCAAAAGCUGCCGUCACAGCCAGUGACAGAUCAAGCGGGCAUGGCAGAAAGGCUGGCGACUGUAUUUGCACCAGUAUUACUGCGUGAUGACGCAACGGGGCUUCACGUCCCCGUAUCUCCCAUUGGAAAGCGGAACUUCUUGCUUCACUUUAUUGGCUGA